UCUGCUGGACCUGAAACCUGAAGGUCAUGCUGCUGCCACCACCGUGCUUCUCUCUGGGUCCGCUCCCACUGAGCUCCUGCUCGGAGGCUCCUGAGGUUCCACAGGUUUGAUUGGUUCAGGUUGACCUUUGAACUUUGCUGUUCUUCCCUCUGCUCACCACACUCAUCAACAAACCGAAACUUUGAGUUUAGGUGAGGCUCUGACAGCUGAGGCUGACCUUGUUUUGGUUCUCAAGGCGCAGGGUGCGUGCAUGUGCCAGGGUGUGCACGUGUCCACGCGUGUGUGCGCGCGUGCACGCGGGGCAGAGCGCUCCUUGUUGCCCUGCAGCGGGGCUGUUCAGUCUUGAAGUCGCCUGGCAGCCUUAUCAGCGCCGCCGCGCACUUCCUGGUUCUCCCCGCCGGAGAGUCUUCACAUUCUCACCGAGGGAGGGACCGAGCCGCCCUGCCGCGUGGAAGCGCCGCGACCCGCACAGUCCACGCAGGACCCGGACCUGCUGCACACACUCGGCCCGGGAAAGUUUCUGGGAACCGGUUCGCGUUUUUGUUUUCAUGCAGAACCCGAGGAGCGGCUGCAGCUGCUGAGUCCUGAACCAACCUCUGGUCCCAGUGGACCCGGGUGCUGCGAGCCAGGCAGGCCGGCCGGCGCAGGGCGCCCCAUCUGCGGCUCCACCUGCAGGAUCUCCCCGCUGCCGGAGGCGCCUGGAGCGGCUGCAGGAUGUCAGACUCUGCCUCCAGCUUCCUCCACAUCGGAGACAUCGUGUCUCUGUACGCGGAGGGUUCGGUGAACGGCUUCAUCAGCACGCUGGGGUUGGUGGACGAUCGCUGCGUCGUGGAACCGGCUGCUGGGGAUCUGGACAACCCGCCCAAAAAGUUCAGAGACUGCCUGUUCAAGGUGUGUCCGAUGAGCCGCUACUCGGCCCAGAAGCAGUACUGGAAGGCCAAGCAGGCCAAGCAUGAGAAGGACAAGAUCGCCGACGUGGUUCUGCUGCAGAAGCUGCAGCACGCGUCCAACCUGGAGCAGAAGCAGAACGAGACGGAGAACAGGAAGGUCCAUGGCGACAUCGUCAAAUACGGAAACGUCAUCCAGCUUCUCCACAUGAAGAGUAACAAAUAUCUGACGGUGAACAAACGUCUGCCGGCGCUGCUGGAGAAGAACGCCAUGCGCGUCACGCUGGACGGGACGGGGAACGAGGGGUCCUGGCUCUUCAUCCAACCGUUCUGGAAACUCCGGGCCAACGGAGACAACGUGGUUGUGGGGGAUAAAGUCAUCAUGAACCCGGUGAACGCCGGCCAGCCGCUUCACGCCUCCAGCUACGAGCUCAGCGACCAUCCAGGCUGCAAGGAGGUCAACUCUGUGAACUGCAACACGAGCUGGAAGAUCAACCUGUUCAUGAUGUUCAGCGACCACCGAGAGGAGGUCCUGAAAGGAGGCGACGUCGUCCGAUUGUUUCACGCCGAGCAGGAGAAGUUUCUGACCUGCGACGAGUACAAGAGCAAGCUGCACGUCUUCCUGAGGACGACUCUGAGGCAGUCGGCCACGUCGGCGACCAGCUCCAACGCCCUGUGGGAGGUCGAGGUCGUCCACCAUGACCCCUGCCGCGGGGGGGCGGGGCAUUGGAACAGCCUGUACAGGUUCAAACACCUGGCCACAGGAAACUACCUGGCUGCCGAGGAGAACCCGGGGUACAAAGGGGACAACCCGGAGCUGUCGUCCUCGAUGGACGCCAGCCGCAGCAGCAAGCGUUUCCAUGGCGAACGGAUCAAGUACAAGCUGGUGGUGGUUCCCCACGGCAACGACAUCGCCUCGCUGUUCGAGCUCGACCCGACGACCCUGCAGAAAACCGACUCCUUCGUCCCGCGGAACUCUUACGUCCGGCUCAGACAUCUGUGCACCAACACCUGGAUCCAGAGCACCAACGUUCCCAUCGACAUCGACGAGGAGCGGCCCAUCAGGCUCAUGCUGGGAACCUGCCCCACCAAGGAGGACAAGGAGGCCUUCGCCAUCGUUUCCGUUCCUGUCAUGGAGAUCCGCGACCUGGACUUCGCCAACGACGCCAGCGCCAUGCUGGCCACCGUAGUGGACCAGUUCAACUCCGGCUUCAUCAGCCAGAACGACCGCCGAUUCGCCAUCAAGCUGCUGGAAGACGUGGUUUUCUUCGUGGCCGACGUGGCCAACAGCGGCCAGCCGGUUCUGGACGUGGUCAUGUCCAAACCCAACCGGGAGCGGCAGAAGCUGAUGAGAGAGCAGAACAUCCUGAAGCAGAUCUUCGGCAUCCUGAAGGCUCCCUUUAAGGACCGCGGUGAGGACGAGGGCCCGCUGCUGCGCCUGGAGGAGCUGGCCGACCAGAAGAACGCUCCGUACCAGUACAUGCUGCGGCUCUGCUACCGGGUGCUGAGGCACUCGCAGGAGGACUACCGCAAGAACCAGGAACACAUAGCGAAGCAGUUCGGAGUGAUGCAGAGUCAGAUCGGCUACGACAUUCUGGCGGAGGACACCAUCACCGCUCUCCUCCACAACAACCGCAAGCUGCUGGAGAAACACAUCACCAAGACGGAGGUGGAGACGUUCGUCAGCCUGGUGCGCAAGAACCGGGAGCCCCGGUUUCUGGACUACCUCUCUGAUCUGUGUGUGUCCAACAACGUGGCCAUCCCCGUCACCCAGGAGCUGAUCUGUAAAUGUGUGCUGGACCCCAAGAACCAGGACAUCCUCAUCAAGACGGAGCGGCGGGUCCCAAAAGAGGCUCAUCCUGUAGCCGUUCCGGGRGAAUACCUGGGAAUGGACGAGUUCGGAGACGAGGAUGAGGUCUGGCUGAUGUGGACGGAUAAAACCAACGAGAAGCAGGAUAAGAGCAUCCGACAGCUGGCCCAGGAAGCCAGACAAGGAAACGCUCACGAUGAAAACGUCCUCACCUACUACAGGUACCAGCUGAAGCUCUUUGCUCGGAUGUGUCUGGACCGCCAGUACCUGGCCAUAGAUGAGAUAUCCAAGCAGCUGGACGUGGAGCUCAUCUUCCUCUGCAUGAUGGACGAGGCGCUGCCCUUUGACCUCCGGGCGUCUUUCUGCCGCCUCAUGCUGCACGCACACGUAGACCGAGACCCUCAGGAACUCGUGACGCCGGUGAAGUUCGCCCGACUCUGGACCGAGAUCCCGACCUCCAUCACCAUCAAGGAUUAUGAUUCCAACCUGGACGACAGCAGAGACAACAAGAAGAACCGUUUUGCGAACACCAUGGUGUUCAUGGAGGAGUACCUGAACAACGUCCUGAACGAUGAGCAUCCGUUCCACGACGAGGAAAAAAACAAACUCACAUACGAGGUGGUGAGUUUAGCCAGACAUUUGAUCUACUUUGGUUUCUACAGUUUCUUUGAGCUGCUCAGACUCACCAGGACUCUGCUGGGCAUCAUUGACUGCAAACCGAACCCUGGACUCGCCAGCAUUCAAUUUCAGGAGGAAAGCUCAGGGAGGAACGUCAGGCGCACCUUCCAUGGGAUGGGCCAGAUCAUGACCACCAUGGUCCUCAACCGGAGGCAGUCCACGUUCAGCGGCGCCGGUCCAAGGGGGCCCGGGUUUGUGCUGGAGGGACAGAGAGGCAGCAAAGAUUGCAUCGACAACCUGGAUCUGACGGUGAUGGACACCAAGCUGAAGAUCCUGGAGAUUUUACAGUUCAUCCUGAACGUGCGGCUGGACUACCGUCUGUCCUUCCUGCUCUCCGUCUUCAAGAAGGAGUUUCUGGACGUUUAUCCCAUGGCUGAAGCUGACGCCACCACCAGCGUGGAACAAGCAGCCACAGUCAACCUGCAGCAGAUCGGCGACCAGGCGGAGGCCAUGUUUGGAGUCGGGAAGACGAACAGCAUCCUGGAAGUGGACGACGAAGGAGGCCGGAUGUUCCUGCGGGUGCUGAUCCAUCUGACGAUGCACAACUACGCCCCUCUGGUGUCCGGAGCGCUGCAGCUGCUCUUCAGGCACUUCAGCCAGAGGCAGGAAGUGCUGCACACCUUCAAACAGGUGCAGCUGCUGAUCUCAACGCUGGACGUGGAAAACUACAAGCUGAUUAAAGCCGACCUGGAUCGCCUCCGCACGCUGGUGGAGAAGUCGGAGCUGUGGGUGGAGAAGAAGAGCUCGGGUGGAGGAGACGGGAAGAAGGACAAGAAGGAGAAGGUGGAGGGGGCGUCAGAGGACCCAUCGCCCAAGAAGGAGAAGCUGCAGAAAGGAAACGAGAACUACCAGAACGUCAAAGAGAUUCUGGAGCGGCUGAAUAAAAUGUGCAGCUCUGGAGUCUGGAAGAAGCAGCAGCGGCUGCUGAAGAACAUGGGGGCUCAUAAAGUCAUGCUGGACCUGCUGCAGGUUUCCUACGACAAGAACGACGUGAAGAUGCAGGAGAUCAUCAAAUACACUCACAUGUUUCUGCAGAAGUUCUGCAUGGGGAACCAGGAGAACCAGGCGCUGCUGCACAAGAACCUCAACCUGUUCCUCAACCCCGGGCUGCAGGAGGCCGAGACGGUGCAGCACAUCUUCAGCAACAACUACCAGCUGUGCAGCGAGAUCUCGGAGAGCGUGCUGCAGCACUUCAUCCACUGCCUGGCCACGCACGGCCGCCACGUCCAGUACCUCAACUUCCUGCACACCAUCAUCAAGGCCGAGGGCAAGUACGUCAAGAAGUGCCAGGACAUGAUCAUGACCGAGCUGACGAACGCCGGCGAGGACGUGGUCGUCUUCUACAACGACAAGGCGUCGUUCAACACCAUGCUGGAGCUGAUGGCCGAGAGCAGGGAGGGCGUCGGGGACGACAGCCCGCUCAGGUACCACAUCUCUCUGGUGGAGCUGCUGGCCGCCUGCGCCGAGGGCAAGAACGUCUACACCGAGAUCAAAUGCACGUCGCUGCUGCCGCUGGAGGACGUGGUGCGGGUGGUGACGCACGAGGACUGCAUCACCGAGGUGAAAAUCGCCUACGUGAACUUUGUGAACCACUGCUACGUCGACACCGAGGUGGAGAUGAAGGAGAUCUACACGUCCAACCACAUCUGGAAGCUGUUUGAGGAUUUCACCGUGGACAUGGCGCGGGUAAAACCGGGGCAGAACCAGGGGCAGAACCAGGGGGGAAUAGGGGUAAAACCAGGACGGGGAAUAAGGGUAAAACCAGGGGGGAACUGGGGCAGAAACGGGGGCAGAACCAGGACUCACCACACCAUCGUGGUCCAGCUGCUGCAGUCGUCCCUCCGGCUGCUGGACUGUCCCUGGCUGCUGCCGCUGCACCGCGGACAGGUGGAGGCCUGCAUCAAGACGCUGUCGCUGACAGCCAAGAACCGCUCCAUCUCUCUCCCUCUGGAGCUGGAGGCGCUGAUCAACAACGUGCUGUCCAGCUCGGCCGUCGGCACCCUGAACCGCUCCGCCUACAAGACGCCGACCCGCAGCGCCAGACCCGUCCCCUUCGACUACAAGCACAUCAUCGAGAAGCUGCAGGACAUCAUCAACACCCUGGAGGAGCGGCUGAAGCCGCUGGUCAACGCCGAGCUGUCGGUGCUGGUGGACGUCCUGCACCAGCCCGAGCUGCUGUUCCUGGAGGGAAGCGACGCGCGGCAGCGCUGCGAAUCCGGCGGCUUCAUCUCCAAGCUGAUCCAGCACACCAAGGCGCUCAUGUCCUCAGAGGAGAAGCUGUGCAUCAAAGUGCUGAGGACGCUGCAGGAGAUGCUCAUCAGGACCCUGGACUUUGAUGAAAAGGGAAUUCUGCUGCGYAAAGUUCUGCUGCAGAACUACCUGCUGUCCUACAGGAAGAGCAACCAGAAGAACGACCUGGCUGAGCUGGGAGCCGCAGGCGGCGAGCAGGAGCGCGACCGGGCAGCGGUGGCGGCCAUCCAGUGCCGUCUGGACCGGGAAGGAGGAACGAAGCUGUUCACCGACCUGGUGAUGAGCUCCAAGAACGACAAGAUCUUCCAGGAGAGCAUCCAGCUGGCCAUCUGUCUGCUGGAGGGAGGCAACACGGAGAUCCAGAACUCCUUCUACAAACUGAUGAUGGGCGACAACAAGUCGGAGAAGUUCUUCAAGGUUCUUCAUGACCGGAUGAAAGAAGCUCAGAUGGACAUUAAGGCGACGGUUUCUGUAAACGUUGGUGAAAUGACGCACAAGGCCAACGAGAAGGAGCUGGAGGCCGGUGGUUCCGCAUCGCUGGCUCUCCCUGGUUCAGGAGGACUUCAUAUGAUGGUUCACGGUCAAGGCAUCGCCCCGGUGACGGCCGUCGCCGCCAUGCCGACGCAGCAGGCAGAGGAGCAGCGGGAGGUGGAGGCGGAGAUGGGACCAGCGGUCACCAUCAUGAAGCCCAUCCUGAGGUUCCUGCAGCUGCUGUGUGAGAACCACAACAACGACCUGCAGAACUUUCUGCGUUGCCAGAACAAUAAAACCAACUACAACCUGGUGUGUGAGACGCUGCAGUUCCUGGACAUCAUGUGUGGAAGCACCACCGGCGGGCUGGGCCUGCUGGGCCUCUACAUCAACGAAUCAAACGUCCACCUGAUCGUCCAGACCCUGGAGACGCUCACAGAGUACUGCCAGGGCCCCUGCCAGGAGAACCAGACGUGUAUCGUGACUCACGAGUCCAACGGCAUCGACAUCAUCACGGCGCUGAUCCUGAACGACAUCAGCCCGCUGUGUCGGUACCGGGUGGAGAUGGUCCUGCAGCUGAAGGACAACGCCUCCAAGCUGCUGCUGGCGCUGAUGGAGAGUCGUCAUGACAACGAGAACGCCGAGAGGAUCCUGUUCAACCUGCGACCGCGGGAAACCACUCGUCCAACCACUCGUCCAACCACUCAUUCAACCGCUCAUCCAACGGCUCAUCCAACCACUCAUCCAACCGCUCAUCCAACCGCUCAUCCAACCGCUCUGCCCCUGCAGCUGACCCUCCAGAGCCGUCCUCUGUCCCAGAUGUUGAAGUCUUCGGCUCCAGCUGAGGUCGUGGAUCAGGAUCCUCUGGAAUACUACGACCAGCUGACGGCUCAGAUCGAGAUUGUGCGCGACGACCGCAGCAUGGAGCAGAUCGUGUUUCCCGUUCAUCCCAUCUGCGAGUUUCUCACCGAGGAGUCAAAGCUCCGAGUCUUCAACACCACGGAGCAGGACGAGCAGGGGUCAAAGGUCACGCACUUCUUUGAGCAGACGUCGUUCCUGCACGGAGAGAUGGAGUGGCAGAAGAAGCUGAGGAGUAUGCCGGUUCUGUACUGGUUCUCCAGGAGGAUGACUCUGUGGGGAACCAUCUCCUUCAACCUGGCCGUCUUCGUCAACCUCAUCAUCGCCUUCUUCUACCCCUACGACUCUGGCCAGGGAGCGAUCGAUGACUCCAUGCUGCUGAUGCUGUUCUGGGUCCUGACCGGGCUCUCCGUCCUGGGCUUGUUCUCCAAGCAGUACGGCCUGCAGCCGCUCACGCUGGCGCUGAUCCUCAGGUCCAUCUACCACCUGGGCAUCGGAAACACGCUCAUCCUGCUCGGAUCGCUCAACCUGAUCAAUAAGGUGGUGUUUGUGGUGAGCUUUGUGGGGAACAACGGGACCUUCAUCAUGGGCUACAAAGCCAUGGUGAUGGAUGUGGAGUUCCUGUACCACCUGGCCUACGUCCUCACCUCCACCCUGGGCCUCUUCGUCCAUGAGCUCUUCUACAGCAUCCUGCUGUUUGACCUGAUCUACCGGGAGGAGACGCUGUUCAACGUGAUCAAGAGCGUGACCCGGAACGGGCGCUCCAUCCUGCUGACGGCGCUGCUCGCCCUCAUCCUGGUCUACCUCUUCUCCAUCCUGGGCUUCCUGUUCCUGAAGGAGGACUUCAUCAUGGAGGUGGAUCCGCUGCUGCAGCUGUCUGCAGACCCUCAGCACACCGAGGCGGCCCAGGACUUCCUCGGGUCGUGCUCCACAGACGGAGUCAGCUGCACCGCUGAGACCAGCGUGGAGACGGUGGCGGAGGAGGAAGGGGAGCCCAGCACGGAGCGGGCCUGCGACACGCUGCUCAUGUGCAUCGUCACCGUCCUGAACCACGGCUUGAGAAACGGGGGAGGAGUGGGAGACGUCCUCCGUAAACCAUCCAAAAACGAGCCGCUGUUCCCGGCGCGCGUCGUCUACGACCUGCUCUUCUACUUCGUCGUCAUCAUCAUCGUCCUCAACCUCAUCUUCGGCGUCAUCAUCGACACGUUCGCCGACCUGCGGAGCGAGAAGCAGAAGAAGGAGGAGAUCCUGAAGACCACGUGCUUCAUCUGUGGUCUGGAGAGAGAUAAGUUUGACAACAAGACGGUUUCGUUCGAGGAGCACAUCAAGCUGGAGCACAACAUCUGGAACUACCUGUACUUCAUCGUUCUGGUCCGGGAGAAGAACCAGACGGAUUACACGGGUCCAGAGAGCUACGUGGCCCACAUGAUCAAGAACAACAACCUGGACUGGUUCCCCCGGAUGCAGGCCAUGUCCCUGGUGGUAACCGACGGCGACGGGGAGCAGAACGAGAUGCGGAUGCUGCAGGACAAGCUGGCGUCGACCAUGAAGGUGGUGACGACGCUGACGGGCCAGCUGAACGAGCUGAAGGAGCAGAUGACGGAGCAGAGGAAGAGGAAGCAGAGGAUGGGCUUCGUGGACGUCCAGGGCGGAGCGAGCGGCGCCGUGCCGCCGAGCGCCGCCGGGGGAAACCAUCAGAUCUACAAAUCCUAAAGAGACUGAUCAGCAUCCAGCUGGACUGAUGCUGCUGCAGGAGCACACACACACACACACACACACACAC